AUGGCCAAGGGACCCGAGCAGGGGGACGCCUUCCUGCACCUCCCGGCCGCGCAGGCGGCGCCCGCCGAGGCGCAGGAGGAGCGCUACGCGGGGCUGCUGGGGCCGAGCUUGCUGCCCUGCGCCCGGGGGGCGCUGCCCGAGCCGCCGCUGCCCGCCGGCGUCAAGGCAGAAACUCGGCUCGGCAGCGAAACCCUCUCCUCGGAAGAAGAGGAUGCGGAUGCCCGCGACGGCGCGCUGACCUGCUCCGACCAAAGCCCGUGUUCGAAGAGGAGCAUCACGCAGAUCAUGAAGGACAAGAAGAAGCAGACGCAGCUCACCCUGCAAUGGCUGGAAGAAAACUACAUUGUAUGUGAAGGAGUUUGUUUACCUAGAUGCAUCCUUUAUGCACAUUAUUUAGACUUCUGCAGAAAAGAGAAGCUGGAACCUGCCUGUGCUGCAACUUUUGGGAAGACCAUUCGCCAGAAAUUCCCUCUCCUUACCACAAGGCGGCUCGGAACAAGGGGCCAUUCAAAAUAUCACUAUUAUGGAAUUGGCAUUAAAGAAAGCAGUGCAUAUUACCACUCUGUGUAUUCUGGAAAGGGCUUAACCAGGUUCUCUGGAAGCAAGCUUAAGAAUGAGGGUGGUUUUACUCGUAAAUAUUCUCUGAGUUCCAAAACUGGAACACUCCUCCCAGAGUUUCCAAGUGCUCAACAUCUUUUGCUUCAAGGGUGCAUUUCUAAAGACAAGGUAGAUACUCUUAUCAUGAUGUACAAAACACACUGUCAGUGUGUCCUUGACAAUGCAAUUAAUGGGAACUUUGAAGAGAUCCAGCAUUUCCUAUUACAUUUUUGGCAAGGAAUGCCUGACCAUCUUCUUCCUCUGCUUGAAAAUCCCAUCAUCAUUGACAUUUUCUGUGUCUGUGACUCAAUACUGUAUAAGGUUCUUACAGAUGUACUCAUCCCUGCAACAAUGCAAGAAAUGCCAGAAAGUUUACUGGCUGAUAUAAGAAGUUUUGCAAAAAACUGGGAACAGUGGGUUGCUUCCUCUUUGGAAAAUCUACCAGAAAGCCUGAUAGAUAAGAAAUUGCCUAUUGCACGAAGAUUUGUUUCCUCCCUGAAACGACAGACAUCAUUCCUACACCUAGCACAGAUUGCUCGGCCAGCUCUUUUUGAUCAGCACGUGGUGAAUUCCAUGGUGUCGGAUAUUGAAAAAGUCGAUUUGAAUAGCAUUGGUUCUCAGGCCCUCCUUGCAGUGUCAGGGAGCACAGACUCUGAUGGGGAAGUUUACAGUGAAUAUGACUCUAUUACAGUGUUCCAAGAGCUGAAGGACCUCCUAAAGAAGAAUGCCACUGUGGAAUCAUUUAUUGAAUGGUUGGAUACUGUGGUUGAGCAAAGGGUUAUCAAGGCAAGCAAGCAAAAUGGGAGGUCUUUAAAGAAGAGAGCUCAGGACUUCCUUCUGAAAUGGAGCUUUUUCGGUGCUCGAGUCAUGCAUAACCUAACUCUAAACAAUGCAUCAAGUUUUGGUUCCUUUCAUUUGAUCCGCAUGUUACUAGAUGAGUACAUCCUGCUUGCCAUGGAGACACAGUUCAAUAAUGACAAAGAACAAGAGCUCCAGAAUCUACUGGACAAAUACAUGAAGAAUUUAGAUGCAAGCAAAGCCACCUUCACUGCAUCACCAAGCUCCUGCUUCCUAGCAAAUCGCAACAAAGCCGCUCCUCUGCCCAGUGACACCUCAGUCAAAAACGAGUGCCUAGGAGAGCAAACCUAUGUGUCCUUGUCAGCUGGCCAGCCCAGCAGUGCACCUUCUGGCCUCAACCCCUUCACCACAGGAGAUGAAGAAAGUAUGCAGCUGACAGAUCAAAUGGAGCUGUCUCAGAGCGCAGGUCACCUCAUGACUCCCCCCAUUUCACCAGCCAUGGCCAGCCGAGGAAGUGUGAUCAACCAGGGGCCAAUGGCUGUGAGACCUCCCAGUGUAGGUCCCAUGCUAUCGACACAUUCACAGUGCUCUUCCUACUCGGAACCCCUUUAUCAGACUCUGUCACAGACCAAUCAGAAUUACUAUGGAAACAAUUCCAAUUACCAGGCUAUGUUCAGGACACAGGCCCAUUCCACUUCAGGAGUUUACGACCACAGAGCAGAGCCCAGCCGAUUCAAUGCUUUGAGUGAACAGCAGUUCUCCAGAGACUACUUCAGCAACAGUUGUGCUGUGUCUCCCUACAAUGCCAGAUCCCCUUCCAGCUAUGGUCCCUCCAACAUGUCUCAGGACACACACAAUAUGCAGUUUCUGAAUAGUGGGAGUUUCAAUUUCUUGAACAACUCAGUGUCUACAUGUCCAGGAGCAGCUUAUUCUGCUAAUGCUUCCAACGGGUAUUAUGGAAACAGCAUAAACUAUUCAGAAUCUCACAGACUUGGAACAAUGGUGGACCAACACGUUUCUGUAAUCAGCAGUGUCAGCAGCAUUCGGCCUCUGCCAUCCUACAGUGAUGUACAUGAUCCACUGAAUAUCUUGGAUGACAGCAGGAGAAAACAAACAGGCUCCUACUACUCAGAGUCCUCACCUUCUAUUGUCUGCCGGACCCCUAUGCCUUCAAACUUGCAAACCACAUCUUCGUCACAGUGUAUGUAUGGAACAUCUGGUCAGUUCCCUUCCCAGGAAAAUCUGGAGGUCCAUGCCCCACCAAACAGAGAUAUGGUACCAUCUUUACCACCAAUCAACACUGUCUUCAUGGGAGCAGCUGCUGGAGGAACCUAACUGAGAGAGACAUAUCUGUGUCCUAAGCUUACUUUCCAAUCCUGGACAUUACGGCUAUGAUGAUAGUCGCCUCCCAAGUUGGUGGAAGAUAAAAGUAGUACAUAUAGUGUUAAAGAAGCCAUUUUAGCAAUGUUAUCAGCCCUCCACACACAGAAAAUAAC